UGCCGGAAUGGAUCUUCAGGGAUGACGAUUAGGUGUGGGGAGGAGGACUAAUACGAGCUGGACGACGUCAUUUGACCGCCGUGACGUUGUAGUGCGUCGAGCAGUAAAAAAAAAAAAAGGUAGUCCGUACUAACAAGAGCAUAGCGUAGAGAAAGGGAGGAGAGGGUAGGUAGCAGAGCGGCUUAGAGGAGAAGAGAAACUCGGGGUAGGUAAGUGAUCCUUGCCUUUAGCGGGAUGGGGAAUGAAAGAAGUAUAAAUCUCGUCGGAUAUCCUGUCCAGGUUCGCAACUAUUCUCGUCACUCUCAUCAAUCACCAGUCUACUACUUCUCUUUCUUCUUCUCUUACACCAACAACAAACACCACCGCAAACACUUUCGACUCUUUUUCAUCAUGCUCUUCUCCAAGUCCAUCGCUGCCACCGCUGCCCUCCUCAGCUCCGUCUCGGCUGCUGCCGUCACAAAGCGCGGUGAAACCUGGACCCUCGACGGCGUCGCCCGCGGCUGCAAGCCCGACGACUCGCAGUGCACCUGGGCCUUCAACAUCAACAACCACAAGGACGACCCUGUCUACUGCCGCAUCGUCAUCGAGGCCCAAAACGGCCAGGGCGCCUCCAAGUCCCACGGCGGCCCCGUCUACUGCGGCGACUACCGCCUCGAGUCCAGCUACGACAGCAGCAUGGGUGCCGACAAGGGAUUCACCGUCAUUGGUGUUCUUGACCAGGCUCGCCAGCUCAUUGCCUUCUUUGGCUAUGACGACCAUGAGACUGCCAAUGGCCGCACUGUCACGCCUGAUCACAAGGGCGAUGCCACGCCUUUCCACCAGAAGAACUAAAGAGAUAUAGGCCGUCUUUGCCCUCCCCCUUCUUCUUCUUCUUCUCUUUUUCUACAUUUUUUUUUUAAUUUUUAUCAUGAUGGCACGAUCGAGUUCCCAACUGUGAAUAGUCUUUUUUACUUUGCAAUUGCAUUGGCCUGUAAAGGACAGAGGCUGGAUGCAACGCUGCGAGUAGAGACAACUUUUGUAUUUUAUAAAAAGAUAUAGAAAAACAAUACACUAAAAAUACAUUAU